GUAAAGUAACACGUGUUCUUUAAGUCAUGCCAUCUUUCUACUUUUUUCUAGGUUUUACAAUCCUAGGUACGGUUUGUUUACAGUGGGCGAAUAGCGCCCAACCUGACGUAGAAACAAAUCGCGAUUUUGCCUCCAUUCCGGGUCAUUUGGAAGAGCUUGGCGCGAAGAACACAAAACGUUCUGUCGAAGUGAUUCAAAGUUUUCCAGACCCUGAAACAUUUUUCAGAACAUACGUGGACGGAAGUAAACCAGUUCUGAUCCAAAAUGGAGCAAAAAUGUCGUCGGCAUUUGAAAAGUGGACGGAUAAGUAUUUCUUGUCGCUUCCCGAGUCGAGCGAGCACAAAAUCCAGGCGGAACAAAGAAAGAAAGAGAAGAGAACAGUUCCUCCAGAGGAAAUGUCCUUUAGUGAUUUUGUCAAGACGUACACAGAAAAGGAUAUCUAUAUGGUCAGCAGUGUUCCUGAAUUUAUAAGGUGGGUUAUUGAAUUAAGUUUUGUUUAAAAAUCAUUGUAAGCCUCGGUAUAAAAGAAGUUGAUUUAUGCGUUUUCACUAAGAUGAAUGUCGAACUAUUGUUGCACUGCUAAUAUCCGUGGUUUACAGUUGACUGAUUUUGUCGUAAUAUUUUUUGUUUAGUUCCAAAAUAGCUUGUUAUUAAAGGAACUAUGUCUCAAGGAUAUUGCUUUUUAGGGUCACUUCUGUGCUAAAACUUAAGUUGGGCCAACUUUUUAAAGUUUAAGUCCAUGUCCAUCCUUACCAUCUGUAGCAAAAGCAAAUAGGAAGAGUUUCAAUGCCUACAGUUAGCCUAUAAAACAGCCGAUAUUUCGCGACGCUACCACUGGUUUCCCCGCGAAAUGACGUCUGAGAAACGAGCGCAGGAAUUCCAUACUGAUGACGCGUCACUACCCAGAUCUGAGUACUGCUUUUGAUUGGUCGUGCCGCGUGAGAAGGUUUCUUCAAUCAAUCAGAAGCACUUCCCAGAUCUGGAUAGUAACACGUCAAUAGUAUGGAAUUCUCCGCUCGUUUCUCAGACAUCAUUUCGCGGGGAAACCAGUGGUCAGUGGCCUCGCGAAAUGUCGGAUGUUUUCUCAAGCUAAAAUAUAGUCUAAAAUAACAAAACUGGACCAUUAUUUUUGGAUGUCAAAACACUUUUUAGCUUUUUAAAAAGAUAGCAACAUAAACCGAAAUAAUAGUUAGGCCACCGCUCAAGCGCUCGUGGUACUAACUGUUCACAUAUCCCUCAGUCACGGGUUACGGUUACAUAUACAAAACAGGAAAUUGACUUUUUCACAGGGUGUUUUACGAUCCUGUGGGCUCCAAACGUCCUUUUCCAAAAAGACUAAGAUGUGAAAAUAAACCACCUCCGCAGUUUUGCCUCAUUGUUGGGUAGUUAUAGCGCAAGAGGACUUUAAUUAGAAAAAAGACAGUUAACCUUUUUUCCGCGUUACUUUGUUUAGUGUAUUCAUUUACGUUUGUAUUCAAUCAUGUUUGUAUUUCUAGCCUAGCAACUAGACAUAAGCGCAAUGAUAUAAUCCGUGAUCAACAAUGACUAUGGUCCAGAGAUGCCGCGAAGUAAUGGCAAAUCUAGCAAAAAAUGGCCACAGAGUUGGCGUAAAUUCAAAAUUCAAAUAAAAUGUUAUUGCACGCAAUAGCAAACAUGGCAAAUGUCUCGAAAAAGGAAGCAGAUUCCUCUGCAUGAAAUUUGCUGUGCUUGGCUUGGGGCACAAGCCAAAAAUUACUUUUUUUUUUAUUUUUAUAUGAUUUAGGAAAGAUAUAGUACUUCCUCCCCCUCUGUUGUGCAGAGAUAUCACAGAAGCGGACAUGAUAGCCGACGCGGUAAGUAAUAACCAGUUGAUAUCAGUGUAAUAUAACAAUAUGCAUAUAUAUGUAUCAUCACAUGGCUGCCACCCUGUCCCUCGCCCCUGCCCAAGUGAUAUGGUUGAGCGCGUGCGUAAGGUAUUGGCGAACAGGGGAUUACUGUGCGGCUGUGUAGAGUGACCAUUUGGUCCAAGGGUAAGGGGUUGGACCUCCGUGCGGAGCCCCUCCGUAUAAUUUUUUGUUUAUCCCCCCGGACUUAUUGAACUCUUUCAGUGUUAUUGUCCUUCUUACAGUAUAUUCUCUCUGAUUACAGGUGAUGUGGUUUAGCAGUGGAGGAACCAAGUCUGUUUUGCACCUUGACGAUGGACUUGAUAAUAUCAACUGUUUGUUCAGAGGGACAAAGGAACUAUUAUUUAUUGAUUACCAAAAGUACAAACACGUGGUACGCUAACUCAUUUAACAUCGUAUUUUAUAUACUACGCUUACAAUACAUCCUCUAGAAUGGCCCGCUGAUAGCCAGAGGGAGGCGCUAUUUUGUCCAAUGGGCCAUUUCCGAGUUUCCCUAGCCUCUGUUUGAAAGCGAGGCUGAGUAAAUGAGUUUUUAAUUCUCACGCAAAUAAAAAUCAUUUUCCCAAGAAAGGUUUUACGUUUAGCCUCGUCAUGAGAGUUUUUGGAACUCGAAAAUGGCCAAUUCCCCCUCCCACGUUGAGCACUUCGAAAAUAAUUUCCCAGCUCGUUCCGAUAUAGGCUUUCAAAAAAAGUCCUUCGUUCGAUUCUUCGUCACUCGGUUGACCGCCUCGCGGCCUAAACUACUCUUUAUAAUACCAGUUAUUCUGGGUUAAAAAUGUAGUUUUUCCCUCAGUGAUUUAGGACCCUAUGGCUGUUUUUUGAUAAACUCUAAAUCAUGGUUGUGAUAAAGUCUUUGAAACCCUCUUGAAAAACAUGCAAUUUGGCCAAGCUAGCUUACAUAAGUCUAAAAUUAAAGGUAUCUCAAUAGAUAAAAAAAGAGGCCAAUAUUCAAUAUUAAUUUUCUGCGUAAACAAAAAGGGCAACUUCUAGCCCCAUCUUGCUGGCUGGGUAGCCAAUGAGAAUUAGCUUCACUAGUAUAGGGAUAUGAUAAACUGACCUGAAACGCUUAUUCCGAUAUAAAUCUAGUUUAAUCUGUGUGAAUGGGCUUCUAGAUACCUUUAGGUUCUAAGACGAGUACGCCAACAAGUACGAGAUUUCCUCAAUACUAAGUAGUGCUCGCGCUUGAACUAGCGUCAUUUUGGCUGGAAAACGGGAUAGCCGUCGUCACUCUCUACGAGUUUCAGCGUGUCGAAGUUGGCGAAAACAAGUCAUCAAAUGUUAGAAGUUUAAUCAUUUUGCGAUCGGGAGAGGGAGUAACCUCCUUCACUAAAGAUAACAGUGCUAACUUUUCUAGUGAAAAAUGGUAAAAUGAAGCUUUCCGGGAACUCUUUAUUUUAAAAUUAAAUACGCGAAAAAACUUUACGUCAAAUCUCGUAAUCGUAGUCGUGCUCGUUCUCGAAUCUACUGAAAGGUAUCUAUUAGCUGGGUAAAAACGAAUUUUUCUAAAUACAAGAUAAUAUUUCUUUAAAGGUUCCCAUUGAUUUUCCGGCGGAGGGCUAUUCCGGUGUCGACGUAGACAGGUAUAUAUAUGAAGGCUAUAUCCUUUUAUUUUUAUCCAUCCAAAAUAUUCCUCUCUUUUUGAUUGGCUUAAGUCCCACAGCUAGUUCUUCAUAGCUAGUUAGAGUUAGUGAAAUUUGAAAGGUGUUUGCUUUUAUUUUGCGAUUGACAUCAAUGGUAAAAAAUCAGAUAGGAUAUCAUCUGAGGUGUUUGGAAAAAUGGCGGACGAUUACACUCCUUAUGCGUAAAUGAAAUAACCGAGACAGAACAUGAUAUAUAGCACUCAAAAAACAGACCACCAAGUUGAGAAAGUUGUAAUCGCUGAAGUCUAAGGUAAAAUCUCCAGCGGUUCUCGGAAAUUCAAUUUUUAAGAAGGGUAAACUCAUUCUGACCGAGAGAGAGUCCCAUUAUUCUCUGUUGUUCUGACCUUUAAAUUGCAAUUUAUUUGGUGUGCGCAAUGCGUGACGGUCGGCAAAAAUGGGAUGUGCUUAAGCAGGCUGCGAGGAGCUUAGCGAGGAGCCCGGUCAUUCUCAUAUCGUCGCGAUAUUUUUUUCGGUGCUUUAAAACGAAAGCAAGAAUUAAGUUUUUGAUCUAGCUUAUCACUUUUAGUAUUUGGCACAAUCUAACCGCCAUGAUAAGCUAGCAAAAAAAUUAGUUCAUUCUCGCAAGGAGCCUAGUCUAAGGUAACCCUGUUCUCGCCCCAGACCCUCGAUCAUGUUUCUCUUUUCUGGGGGCACGAGUGUCUAGGGUGGAGAAUGUACAUUUGCGAGUAGCUUUAUCGGUGUUGUAUUUGUGUCUUUAGGGUGGACUUUGAGAAAUAUCCUGGACUUAUUGACGUGGAAUAUUACAAUGUGACUAUGCAAGCAGGGGAUUGUCUGUUCAUUCCCCAAAGAUGGUAAUUAUUCUAUUAACUUGAAUUCUAGAAAAAACUGGAUGUGAAAUAAAACGCCGAAUCAUUGUCAGUCGGAAUCAUCUUUCCACGCAGUACAUUCGAACUACUGAGUGAUUUCGAGGGACAAACAACACACUAAGAACAAUAAAAAACGAUUGAAAUAAGUAAUAAAAUUAAGUUUUAGAGAGUUUAUGCGAUUUUGAAGGUGUCCUUGCUUUUGUCCAGAAAAUAUUUUACAUUUUGAGCUGUUUUGGAUAAGGUGCCCAAUGAGUUCUGGUAGAUAUGCAAAAAAUAUUGUAGUCGUGAGAAUCGCAUAUUGCAAUCAUUGACAUUGCAAAAUUAAAAAAGAUUCUCCGAAAGUAUUGUUCACGCCAAUUUACGUCUGUCUCGUGACAUUUUGCGAAAAGAAUAGGUACUAGUACCUGCUUUAUUUGUUGCUGCCCUAUCCACACUAAUGCGUUUUCGUUGUCAUCGAAAAGGCAUCGAUUGAUUCGUGUUCACGCUACCGUUUUCAUACCAUCUCGACUGUCCACAAAACGGUAUAGAAUUGCUCGUUGAGACGCAAGUUGAACUCUUUGCGCAUGCUACAAUCACACGCGCCUGCGAUAUUUUCGGUCGUUCUUUUCAUUCGAUGCGUUUUCGACCGUCUACACUAAUACGAUAUGAAUGCGUUUUCGUUUUGAUCCACUUAGUUUCACAAACGUUUUCAAAUCGUUUUUGAUGAAAACGCUCAGCGUAUUAGUGCGGACGGAAGGCCUAAACGCGUCGAAUUGUAUGCGCAUUAGUGAGCGCGGGGCCUAAGGACGCUCUUCUUUUACCCUAGACAAUGAUUCCACUGAAACUCGGUAACAACUUGUGAAUUUGUUGAUGCUGAGAAUGUCUAAAAACCUGACACUAGCAAUAUGAGUUUGUUUUGCUUUUGAAAGGUUUCAUCAAGUUCGGUCGUAUGGACGAAACAUAGCUGUGAAUCUAUGGUGGCAUCAUUUUCCGAAGUUCAUACCACAGUACUGCGAUGGAAUGGAACCGAAUCAGACGCUAGAAAAGUUCAAUUUUACCUCACUGGAUGAGUUAAUGGAGUCAAGAGAACAAGACAUGUUGUAAGUACGAGUGAAGGUGAAUUUUUACUCCAGCUUUAUUUUUUAUGUGCGCAUGGGGCAAACUUUAACUGAUUUUACUAAUGAGUUUUUUAAAUAGAGACAACCUAUGAAGGGUAGCAAACAUAAAUUAAAAGUUGAAAGAGGUAUUUAACGUUUAUGUUUACGCGUGAGAAUGGAAAGUCACCUUAAAAGUAGUUAUUCAAAGAGUCUGUACGGGCGGAUUUUCGUACGCUGACAUCAUAGGCACAUUUUCUGGGAUAGAUAGGUUUCCUGUCCAUUCUCUUUUAGGUAUGGGGCACCCCUGCGGCUAUGACGCUCCGCUGUGACGAGGAAUCCAAAACGUAACCUCGUUCUCGAGGAAGGAAGAGAACUGAAAGGAAACCCUGGGAACGAGGUUGCCCAAAAGAAGGCGUGAAAUUGUUGAGAACAAUUUGCUGACUUUUCGAUUUGUAACAAACGCUUGGUUUUCAAAUACUGAAAGCAGAGGCUAAACUUUCGCGGCGCGAGCUGGCGUGAAAAUGAAAAAUAAUGCGUCUUGUUCGAUUACAUUUAUAGUAAUUUCAAUAACUAUACACGCAGGCGUAAAUAACUCCUGGACAUCAAAAAUUACCACAUAAUUUUCAUAUGCAAUUAUUAUAAAUAGCUUGUAAGCCCACUGUUCGUGACCAAUCAAUUUUCAGAAAUUUAUCAGUUAGUAGAUCAAUAUUAUGAUAUCACUACUGAAUUAAUCAGAAAGGAAUGGAGUCCCAAAGUAUAUGAAAAGUAUUACUAUUAUUAUUUAAUUUUUUUCCAGGCAAAUUGCCUAAUCGGCAUCGGCGGUGUACGGAGACUGUUACCAUACAUGUCACGCUUCAUUGAGAACGGCGCGUCUCAGUUUAUGAACGUAUAUGAAAGUUUGAUCUUCGAUAUCGCUAGGACGACUUCGUGAAUAUUAUGCUCUUUAGAUCCGUGUCUAGGGUACGGGUGUUUUCAAAAAUGUGCUUAAUUUACAUCAACAAUAAUCAUCAAAACAAAAUAAUCAAGAAGAAAUAAUAUUCGUUGAAAAAUUGACUAGAACUUAAGAACUGCAAAAUGACCUUAAAUAAAUCAUUAGACCCGAGGAAACCAAACAUUUUUCUGAAGAUAUAUUUUAACAUAUUUCGGUCACUAUGGUGCCUAGCUACGCUGUACAAAGCAAAAGAGUCAGCCUAUUUUUGGAUGUUCUCUGCUUACCGGAAUAUGAUUUAUAACCGUGGCCGCUUCUCUGCUGUGAAAACUAUCGUAAGAUAACUAUGUAAUAAUCCAUAUUGGUUUAUAAAACAAGUUGAAAAUAUAUACUAACUUCUUUCUCCGAAGGAAAAGGGGUAGCCAUACGGUUCGUCUUGGUGAUCUCCACACGUUGACCAGUUUAAUUGUCUAAAAUUGGUCUACAACACCUGUUACUUCUGUUUUCUCUGUUGAAUGGCUCAUCCCUUUGAAGAAGGACAAAAAAUGUUUUCAUUUAGUUAUUUCGAUAACUUUGACUGAACUACUAGUUUAUAAGCACGAGGGGAACUUACAGUCUCAUUUCUGUCACCUACCGGUCGCUUACGAGCCGAGAUCACGCCGGGCCGAGCGCUAGCAAAGAUCAUUGUUCACUCGUGCCAGUCUCGACGAGCCCGGCUGAUUUGGUUAUUUAACGCUGAAGAUCACCUCUUUGACUUAAUGGAAUAAUUGAAAAGGAAAUGCUGGACAAUUGAAACAGAAGUUUUCUAAAUUAAUCUCACUGGUACUGAUGGUCAUACUAAGUAUUUUGGUGGUCACUUUGAGUUUGAUCAAAUGUUUGUUUGCUAGCUCUUACUAUCGUACACCAUCUACACUCUUUUUAUUUUUCAAUAAUUGUCUACCUAUUCGUUUUCUUUAUCGUUAGUAAUCAUUAUUACUUGCGUUUUUAUUUCAUUUUUUUCUGGAACACGUGGUUUGUCCUGUCAAUGCCCUUUCCAUACCUGUUGAGGAACGCUUGUAAACAAAUCAGUCUGAAUAAAAUAAUUGCGAUUAUGGGUUUCUACCAAUAAUUCAUGCAUAUUGUUCAAAACUAAUCUAACAAUGCUUGAACAACUUUUUGCAGAAACCAUUUGCAGAGCUAUCUUCGCAAAAUGAACGAAAUUUCCUACAGGAUAUUUGUAAGAAGAUUAAGAAAGGUAUUGUCAGCUUGUGAUUUUUUAGGCAUAUAAAUAAAUUCUCCACGUGCAGGUAAAACAGCUUUUUAUAAGUAAUUAUUCCAGUAUUAUGUGGGAAACACAAUAGGCAAAGUCGUUACGUGAGAAAAAAGUUCAGUCUCGCACAGGAAUUUUUGGUACACCCACAUGACUGCCGUAAUAAAGUCAUGUGAAAAGGACCUGGGUAUACUCAACAAAGUUUUAUACUGAGAGGCUUCGCCGCGAGGCUCAACCCCUCACCUUUUAUGUACAUUUUGGACCCCUUUCAUAUACCUUCUAUUAACAACUGAAAAGGUACCCCUUUCACAUACAUAUUAUAGAACUUUGCAUCCCAUUUAACUGCUGUAAAUGCACUGUAUGAAUACGAAAAAAUCACAAAACCGAAUCAUUUUCUUGACUUUUUCACAGGCAUAAAAGUAUCUUUUAGCCCUUUUAGGCCUUUUUACAGACCGAAAUGGCAGAUUCCCUAUACCCUAAGCCUAAAAUAGGUACUCCUUUCGGGCGGAGCCACCCCGUACAGGGGGAGUAUUCCCCCAGGGGAGAAACAAUCGAUUGCGUUUAUAAAGGUUCAGGAAAAGGUUUCUGAAGCCCCUGAGGUGUAAAAAUGUGAGCUUCACUUGGACCUUUGCUAAAUUCUCAAGAAAAUGUACUCGAAGAGACGUUCGGAGCUCGAGGAGUUUCUCGAGGUCGUUUUUCAUAGAAAGGCUCCUUCUGAAAACUUCUCCUCCAUAUGUUUCGCUGAAAAUGAUGGGCAAAGUACUUGGAAAAGGAGUGGUAUCUUAGGUAUCUUACAUGUAUUCCGUAAAUGAUCUACUAAUGGUCCAUAUCACUCUUCAAAUAUCAACCUCAACGUCAGAAUACUCAUUCAGGGUCAUUGUCUUACCAUCGUUAAUCGUCUGUCCUUUGAACUUUACUUUGAAUAAGAUGCCACGCGAAACCCUUGUUAAUCAAGCAAGGAACAGACUAAAUUGAAUGAUUUUGCUCCUUUUUGCUAUUUCCUGAAAUUUUUGAGUAAUUGUCAUGUGGGCUUCUAUUAGAGAGGGACGUCCAGUACAAACUUUGAAGGGACGCGUUUAUAAUAUAAGAGGAGUUUAUUUGAGAGAGGGCGCUUAUUAGAUCAUUACGGUAUGCGGCCUGGGAAUGCUGGGUUUAAUCUCUAGUUUUAUUAACUUUUUCUUAGGAUCCUCAGUUAUUUAAUAACGACUUGACAGAGUGGACUGAAGAACUGAAGGCAACAGCUAGGAAGGUAACAGAGCAAGGGUGUUAAGUUCAAGAAGAAUUUAGGAAUUUAAAGUGUUGGGACUGCGGGAGGUGUAGGUAUUUUAGGCGUGAAAUUCAGCACUCACUGACGAUCACUCAGUUGACUAACAUAGGAUUAAAUGCUACAUUAGCUCCUCGGAACGUGUACAGUAUUAAAAAGAACAAUUUCGAAAGAGUUUGCCUUAGUUACAGAUUCACCGCGGUCAAACGAGAGAACUUCCUGCAAAAGCUCAGGUUGUUACUUUCACUGUUACAAGCUUGGGAUAUUAUUGGUAUGCAGUCUUCCUUUAAUUAACUUUUUCUGAGUUUACUCAAAACGUUCUUAGUGUUUAAAAACGGAAACUGGUGUUACUGUAUACGUAUUCUGCGAAUGAUGCCGAAUAAAAAUUGCAGAAUAUAAAACAAGAUAACGGCUUGCAGUGGAUGUUUGAACUGGAUGGAAGUUAUAGAGGUUGAAAUCGCGCAAAUUCCUCAUCAGUGGUUUAUUGUUCUCCUUUUUCAAGUUGUUUAGACUAAUGGAUGUGGACCGAGACAAGCAUUUUUCUGUUUCUGAUCUUCAAGUACUUGAAGAAGAGGAUAACAGGGUAAGUGGUCAAGCUCUCGGGAAAAAUACAUCAUUUUGGAACAGGUUCCUAUUAUUGCAGCGGUUGUUUAGUACUCGCGUUUCCCCUCACGUCGUAUUUGCCAACUGGUUCGGUACUGCCUCGUUCUGGGGGCCUUUUCUCUCUGAUCUACCGACUAAUCAGUUCAAAACAAACUCAGCGAUCCUGAACGGGUAUAAAAAAAAACAUUGAGAGCCUCAGUUUCACAAUUAAGGUAUGAGUUGAUCGGUUGGUAGAUCGAUGAAUCCUGACCCCACUCGAUUGCUAGAUAGACAAAUUGAUCGGUUGAAAAGAACAAUAAUUGUUUAGUCUUAUUGAAAAUUACCCCACUAUAUAAGCGAAUCACAAUGGUGAAUUUGCGCCCUUCGAUGGCCAGGAUUGAAACGAAGUGCAAAAAAGAAAGAAAAAAACUCCUAUGUUGUCGAAAAAAAAAAAACUAAAAUAUUCAGCUGAGCUAAUUAACCGAAAAAUGUGGAACUCGCCUUGACAUAACCCCUUAGAAGGAAAAAAAUUAUUUUGGGGAGAAAGUCGAGUAAAUGAAAAAGAUUUGUACCCAGCAACCUGGUUUUCAUCCGGCCGGUAUACAGAGUAUAACAAAAAUAGUGUAUUUUGUUCAUCAAGAAUGAAACUGGAGCUGAUCAUGAGUUCGUUGGCGUGAUCAUAUGUGACCCGCAGAUUAAAAAUGCUGUAGUUCGCCUUCAUUUCGCAUUGUUUGCUUUUAUUUUUCUGCAGGGGAAGAUGAAGGAAAUUAUGAAUGAUUUCUAUCGGAUGGCUGACGUGAUCGACAAGGAACGGGAAAAAAAUAACGUGGAAACUGAGAAUGGAGUUAGUACGGAGAAAGAUAAUGAUGACAGCUUGGGAGAUGGCGAUUAUUAUAUUGAACCAGUUUCCAGGAAGACCACAGGCAAAACCUCUAAAGACGAACUCUAAGAGUCCAGUGUGCGGGCCCUGAAUUUUACUAAAACAAUAAUACUGUAAUGGAUAAUGAAGAGCAGUUACUGGAAUUAUUUCCUUUCUUUUUCGCUUAAAACUUAUUACUAUUGAAGCCUAAACGUCUAUCUUGAAUGUAAACAAUGGUUGCUAACCAUUUACAUGGGCAAACCGAUCGGUCCACGGUUUAGAGGUUUAGGCAAAUGGUACGCAAAAUUCACUUGAUGUUCCCGGCCAUCUCCACUGUAAGGUUCUGGUUUUUCAGCCUCUCCAGUUCCAAGAAAGAUAUGCCAUUUGCACUAAGAGGUCACGUGACAUCAUUUAAAUAGAAAUAACAGUUUUAUGAUUUUGCCUUCGAAAAACGAUUAAUGGGUCAUAUCUUAAACAAAAUAAUAGUGAUUUAGUUUUUCAAACCCGCACCAUGGUCCAUGCAAGGGUCUUCAUUCAAGCAAAUUAAACUCAGCAAACUGAAUCAUUAGAAAAUACAGAAAACUGCACAUAAGGAUUUGUUUUGCUCGCUUCAGUCAAAUCCAGCUCCAGCAAUUGUUUACGGGUAAAGAGU